AUGUUCUCACAACGCCAGCCAGAUGAGAUACACGCCCCCCGACAGCGUCCUUCUACCGAUACCCCUAUCCUUGCGUCCAUCUCACAAGCCAGCUUCAACACUUGGUCCGCCACGGAUCCAGGCAAGAAUGCCCGUUCCGUGAACAAAACGAACAGCGAUGAUGGUGGUGGCGGCAAUCUGACCAUAGAACCCGCUGUCUUUGGACAGCUUGACCAGGUCAACCUGGUGAUGCUGCAGUGUUUAGUAGAACCAAGCAGGUUGGCGAGGCCAAUGAGGGGCCCUAGACAUCCCGAUGACCGCGAGGCAGCUUACAACAUGAAACGGACGUCGCCAGCUGCAAUCUCGGGCCUUGGCAGUCCAGAGAUGAAGUAA